AUGUUUGUUUGUCACCGUUGUAAUACCGAUGCUAGAGUGCAAUGUACCCAAUGCCUCAACAAAUAUGAUUACCCUUGUUCUGGCAUAACUGAGGCUGGUUAUCGAAGACUCGGUGAGAAAAAGCAGGCCACUUGGAAGUGCAGUCAGUGCAGAGUAAGUGGUGGUAGAUCUACGAGUCCGGCAUGUAUUCAAAUCGAUACACCAGUUGUUGGUCAGGUGCUGGCGCAUGAUGAUUUAAGUGAUAUUCGUCUCGAAUUAACGAAACUCAGGGAGCAAACGGCAUCUCUGCCGCAACUAAUCGAGAAUGUUAAAAUAAUCCAGAGCAGUCUCUCAGAACUCGUGUCUAUUAAGAACGAAAUGGCUGAUGUCAAGAAUUCCCUAAACUAUGUACAUACUACGGUGGAUCAGCUCAGCACCAAGCUUUUGGAAGUCGAUCAAGAGAUCCAGUCAUUACAGAAAUCAAAAGAUGAUAUAGCGCGACUUGAGCACCGCCUUGGUAGGAUUGAAGCCUCCUUGCAAGAGAGCGAACAAAGGUCCCGUAUGAACAAUAUAGAGAUUAAAGGUGUUCCUGUCACUAACUCUGAGAACCUCUUCAAUAUUGUAGCGAAGAUCAGUGAUAAGGUUGGCUGCAGAAUUGCUAAAGAGCAAAUAAAUUACAUCGCUAGAGUCCCGCAACGGAACAAUAAGGAUAAUAAGAACAUUAUUGUUGCCUUACAUAAUAGAUACCUUCGGGAUGACUUUAUUACAGCCGCCAAAAAACUUAGAUCCUUGACAGCUUCCGACAUUGGUCUCACAGGCAACAGCAAAAUAUACGUAAAUGACCACCUAACCUUGGAGAACAAACAGCUCUUAAAUAAGGCUAAAGUUCUAGCUAAGCAGAAAGAUUUCUCCUUCAUAUGGGUAAAAAACUGCAAGAUCCUGGCAAAAAAGAACCCAACAUCCUCUACACACGCCAUCAAGACGGACAUGGACCUAAAGAAAAUUUGCUAA